AUGUCCGCCAUCCAGCUCUCGUUCUCCCUCCGCGUCUCUUCCGGCGUCAAGACCGUCCAUCUCCUCGGCUCCUGGGACAACUACUCCGGCCAGCUCCCGCUCUCCAAGGACAAGAGCUCGUCCAAGGGCACCUGGAAGGGCACCUUCCGCUUCCAGCAGGCUACCCUCCAGCCCGGCCAGCGCUACUGGUACUACUACAUCAUCGAUGGGUACCACGUCUCGCACAACCCCAGCGAGGACUCGACCGUCGAGCCCACCACCGGCCGCGCCCUGAACAUCCUCGACGUCCCCAAGGCCAAGUCUUCUUCCUCUUCCUCUUCCUCCAAGUCGUCGUCCCGCAAGUCGACCUCCUCCUCCAAGAGCUCCCGCUCGUCCGCCAGCAGCGGUGAUGUCGCCAAGGGCCGCCCCCUGUCCAUCUCCCAGAUCAAGGCCCCCAAGCCCGUCUCGCCCAACGCGACCCGCCACAUCCUCGACAACGACUUCGACGAGGACGAGCUCUCCAGCCGCUUUGCCGCCACCGGCAUCUACGAGGACGAGGACGUGAUCACCGACUUCGGUGCUCCCGGCUCCCCCGUCUCGUCCGUCGGCUCGUCGCUCUCGUACCGCUCCGACAGCACCGCCUCCUCGUCCGGCUACUCCACCCCGGCAUCCGACUGCUCCAGCUGCACCUGCGAGCGCUACGGCAUCACCCGCAAGGGCGAGCGCGUCCGCCUCGACUGCGGCGGCUCCCGCUGCUCGUACGACGACUCGUGCUCGUCGUCCGAGGACGAGGCCGAGUACGUCGAGCGCAGCUCCCGCCGCAACGGCAUGGUCGUCCGCGCUUAA